GCAGGUGCCCCCAACUUUGGGCACCACCUCUGGGCCCCCCUGGCGGCCAGCAGACAGGCUGCUUCCUGACCACAGGUGCCCCUCGCCGAUGUGCCCGGCCUCUGCCCGCCAUGCCGCCCGUCUCGGCCUUCCAGGCCGCCUACAUCAGCAUCGAGGUGCUCAUCGCCCUGGUGUCUGUGCCGGGGAAUGUGCUGGUGAUCUGGGCCGUGCGUGUGAACCAGGCGCUGCGGGACGCCACCUUCUGCUUCAUCGCCUCGCUGGCCGUGGCUGACGUGGCCGUGGGCGCCCUGGUCAUCCCGCUCGCCAUCCUCAUCAACAUCGGGCCGCAGACCUACUUCCACACCUGCCUCAUGGUCGCCUGCCCCGUGCUCAUCCUCACCCAGAGCUCCAUCCUGGCCCUGCUGGCCAUCGCCGUGGACCGCUACCUGCGCGUCAAGAUCCCGCUCCGGUACAAGACGGUGGUGACGCCCCGCAGGGCCGCGGUGGCCAUCGCCGGCUGCUGGAUCCUCUCCCUCGUGGUGGGCCUGACGCCCAUGUUUGGCUGGAACAACCUGGGUGCGGUGCAGCGGGCCUGGGCGGCCAACGGCAGCGCUGGGGAGCCCGUGAUCAAGUGCGAGUUUGAGAAGGUCAUCAGCAUGGAGUACAUGGUCUACUUCAACUUCUUCGUCUGGGUGCUGCCGCCACUGCUGCUCAUGGCACUCGUCUACCUGGAGGUGUUCUACCUGAUCCGCCGGCAGCUCAGCAAGAAGGUGUCGGCCUCCUCGGGCGACCCGCACAAGUACUACGGGAAGGAGCUGAAGAUCGCCAAGUCGCUGGCGCUCAUCCUCCUCCUCUUCGCGCUCAGCUGGCUGCCCCUGCACAUCCUGAACUGCAUCACCCUCUUCUGCCCGAGCUGCCACAAGCCCAGCCUGCUCACCUACAUCGCCAUCUUCCUCACGCACGGCAACUCCGCCAUGAACCCCAUCGUCUACGCCUUCCGCAUCCAGAAGUUCCGGGUCACCUUCCUCAAGAUUUGGAACGACCAUUUCCGCUGCCAGCCCGCACCCCCCGUGGACGAGGGCCCCCCGGAAGAGAGGCCGGAUGACUAGACUCUCCCUGCCCACAGCCAGAGCACCUCAGCGCGGCCCUCACUCCCCACCAUCUAACUGUCUCCAUGGGCCUCCCCGGCCGGGCCGGGGGUGUGGGGGCCGUCCAUGGGGGGAAACCAGGCAACCUGAGGGAAGGAGGGAAGUGGCUUGAGCCACCCCACCUGCUGCCUGUCCCUGGGCAGCCCCUGCUUCAGGCAAAGGGCCCCGCGGCGGGGAGGCCAUCUCCGGUCCUGCAGGUGGGGGCGCUCUCGUCUCAGCGGCUGUGACCCUGCAGCCUGGGACCAGGCCUCAGGAGGGAGGACAUCCCCUCCAAGAUGCGUGAAGAAGAUGCUGUCUCUGAAGGAGAAGGUGGCCCGAGCCAGUGAGGGGCAGCCAUGAAGGAGCCUCAGGCCCAACCUCCCCAGCCCCAGGCUCCCAGCCACGCUGGGUGCCACGGUGCCACCCCCUUGCUCUGAGCAGCCCAAGACUGUACUUGAGAGGGAGGUAGGAAGAGCCAGCGCAGACGUCAUUUCCAACGUUCGCUUUAUUCUGCACCAGCCUUUGGAGCCUGGUGGGGGCUUGGAGCCCAGCAGCCAGUAGGGAGUGGUGGUGUGGGCCUCACCCAGCCAUCAGGUGGCAGCACUGAGCGUCCCCAGGAGGAAGCUGGCGUGUGACUACCUGUCAUCCAGGACCAGCCCAGCAGGUGCACCUGCCCCCAGACAGGCCGGGACUCUCCUAAGCAGCACCUUCCCUGCUGCUCCUGGGCCUGACGGAGACCCGUCAGCUCUCGAGAGAGUUGUGCCUCCUGCUGAGGGGUGGGCCAGGAGUGGCUGACGGGGCCUCCUGGGAUGGGGGGUGACAGGCCGGAGCCAGACAGAGGACCCAACCCCUGAGAGAGGAGGCGGGAAGGUCCUGCUGGCCUUUAACUACCCCCAGGGCCCUGGCAUGCAGCCCGGUUUUCAGGGGCUGUGGGGUCUCCUGCAGAGCCGAGGGUUUCGGGGUUUCUGGGGAAGAGCCACCCCUGCCGGGCUCAGGGUCCUGGUGCAGAGGGUGGAGGGGCGGAUUCUGUGUGAGUAGCGACUCCAGGCCUUGAUUCCAGGCCCUUGCCUCUCUCAGAGGUGCUGUGCCCUGCUCCCAGGGGGCACAUGACUAAUAAAAGACUGUGAAUCCA